UGGGUGGAAGAGUUCCACGGACAGGGCCAUCUUUGGUCGUUCUCGCCGGCUGCAAUACUCACUCCUGGAAUCGUUUUGAAUUCACGAUUGUAUAAAUAAAACUUAGCGACAUCUCGUUUACCGCAAUCCAGCGUAAAAGCGACAGUUCAAAUUACUGAAUUUACGUAUUCAUUUCUAUUCUGGCACAUUUGCGUGCAUUUCAAAAGGCAGUCGCAGGACCGGAGCAGCGGUGAUACGACAUGGAUGAGGAAUACGAUGUAAUCGUACUAGGCACCGGACUCACAGAAUGCAUUCUGUCCGGGAUCAUGUCUGUCAACGGGAAAAAGGUGCUUCACAUGGACCGAAACCCCUACUAUGGUGGCGAAAGUUCCUCCAUCACUCCACUGGAGGAGUUGUACAAGCGAUUCGGCCUUCCAGACACCCCCCCAGAAUCCAUGGGCAGAGGGAGGGACUGGAACGUGGACCUCAUUCCUAAAUUUCUCAUGGCCAAUGGCCAGCUGGUGAAGAUGCUGCUGUACACAGAGGUGACCCGGUACCUGGACUUUAAGGUCGUGGAGGGCAGCUUUGUGUACAAGGGAGGGAAGAUCUACAAAGUGCCCUCCACAGAGACCGAAGCACUUGCCUCAAAUCUCAUGGGUAUGUUUGAGAAGCGGAGAUUCAGGAAGUUCCUGGUGUUCGUGGCCAACUUUGACGAGAACGACCCUAAGACCUUUGAGGGUGUGGACCCCAAACUCACCACCAUGAGGGACGUUUACAGGAAGUUUGACCUGGGCCAGGACGUGAUUGAUUUCACUGGCCAUGCCUUGGCCCUCUACAGGACAGACGAAUACCUGGACCAGCCGUGCUUGGAGACUAUUAAUCGGAUUAAGCUCUACAGCGAGUCUCUGGCUCGCUAUGGGAAGAGUCCGUACCUCUACCCCCUGUACGGGCUGGGAGAGUUGCCACAGGGGUUCGCCAGGUUAAGUGCUAUAUAUGGAGGAACCUACAUGCUGAACAAGCCUGUGGAGGAGAUAGUGAUGGAGGAUGGUCAUGUGGUCGGAGUGAAAUCUGAGGGAGAGGUGGCUCGCUGUAAGCAGCUCAUCUGUGACCCGAGCUACAUUCAGGACCGGGUCCGAAAGGCGGGUCAGGUGAUCCGAGUCAUCUGCAUCCUCAGCCACCCCAUCAAGAACACCAAUGAUGCCAACUCCUGCCAGAUCAUCAUCCCCCAGAACCAGGUCAACCGCAAGUCAGAUAUCUAUGUGUGCAUGAUCUCCUACGCACACAACGUGGCGGCCCAGGGCAAGUACAUCGCCAUCGUCAGCACCACGGUGGAGACGGCCGAGCCCGAGGCUGAGAUAGAGCCAGCCCUGGAGCUGCUGGAGCCCAUCGACCAGAAGUUUGUGGCUAUCAGUGACCUGUUUGAGCCCACCGAUGAUGGCACAGAGAGCCAGAUCUUCGCCUCCCGGGCAUACGAUGCCACCACCCAUUUUGAGACCACCUGCAACGACAUCAAAGAGAUCUACAAGCGCAUGACGGGCAGCGAGUUCGACUUCGAGAACAUGAAGCGCAAACAGAACGACGUGUUUGGAGAGGAGGCGGAGCAGUGAGGGGAGGGGCUUCCGAGAGAGGGGCGGGGCUGCUGGGAGAGGGGCGGGGCUGGUUCGGGAGAGGGGCGGAGUCAGCGCAUGGAGAGAGGGCGUGGAUUUGGGCACGUGCCGAUAUUAGCGCAAACGUUAUCCGGCUUACCCCACAUCUCACCCUCCCUCCAACUCCCCACAUAUACACACUCACGUGAAUGGGUACACACAAACACACACACACACACAAGCGCAGACGCACGCGUGAACACACAGACAUACGCACACUCUCCCUCUCUCCAUUCCCAGCAGCCUUAGCGGGGUUGACACUUCUGAAGGGUUUUUCAUUCCAUUAUUAAUGGCAUAAUGUAAACGUUAUUUCUGCGAGCUACUAUCGCGAAGAGCACGUAUUGUCGUGACAUUUUCAAGACUUCUGCGGGAACGGGUUGCGUUGAUCUGGAUGUGGUUUUAACCUUGUUGUUUCCGCCGCUCAGUGCUUCAGUGUCAGUGUCUUUGAAGCUUUGCCUUGCGAUCUGCACACAGUCAGACACACACACACACACACUCUCACACUCACACACACACACUCUCACACACACACACACUCUCACACACACACACACACACACACACACACACACACACUCCCGAAUUCUCAAUCACCAACUGUACUUCAUUUCAGUAUGUAUUAACUGUUUAUCAAGAAAAUGACCAACAUUCCCUCUGUGAUCCACGUAGGAGCUAUACGAGAAAGGUGAUGAGGCUUAAUUCAGCAGAAGUCAAGUUUUAAAUCCACGCCCUCUCUUUAACAUGCAUGUAACAUGUAACAUGUGCAUGUAACAUGCAUAUUGCACACGCAUCAAGUGUUGCAGAACACACUACGACAGACAGUCUACUGCUAUGAGAGGGGCAACAGGAGGGAGCAGAAGCUAGUUCUGCCAAUCAGAAACCAGGAUCAUCCUCCUGUCACUGUGCUCUCUUAAAACAGCUUCUGUUGGUCAACCCUGCUCCCUCUCUCCAUCUUCCUCUCUUCUUCUUCUUCUUCUUCUUGUUCUUCUUCUUCUUCUCCCAGUUAUUUGAAUAUUUGCCCUGUGCCCUUUCUCUAGGCCAAUGGACAGGGUGUUUAAAAAUGUUUAAAGAAUAAAUAGAUUGCUAGACUGCCCCCGGACCCACCCCAACCCCUUCCCUUUCCCCGCACACCCACAGAAUCUUCUUCCACAACCCACUGCUUCUUUUGUUUGAGUGAUCGGUGCCAGUGUUUUGUUUUUGUACGAUGUUUUUGAGAAGGUAGCUGGUUGACACCACAGCAGGAUGUGAGAAUGUAGGCUCAGGUUGGCAGGGGCGGGUUUAUGUUCUUCACUCACUGGGCUUGUGAGGCACACUGUACAGGAGAGGGUGAAAGAGUGGGAAGAGGGGAAGAGAGAAAAAGGUGUGGGAUGGAGGGACCAGAGGGGGAGUGGCUUUGGGCCCGGCAGGAGGAGAGAUGGUGGGGAGAAAAGGGAGGAGUUGAUAGGUGUGGUGCGGUCAUGUGCUUUAAGAGGAAGUUGGAAAAGUCUUUUUUCAUCUUUGUGAAGAACGCAGACUGCGGUCUCAGCUGGUAAAUUAAGAGCCAGAGCAGGGCGUCGGGUUCGAGUCUUGUAUUACACCGAUGUCAGACUGACCAGCCCCCAAUUACUAAAAACAUACCUUUUAUUUCUCAUGUUUUAUUUGCAGAACAGUGAGAGAAAUGAAAUGCUGAUUGGUAAAUGUUUCAGAAAGAAGGUAAAAUUGUAAGUUGUCGUUGGUGGAUGGUUUAUGGAAGGUGACGACAGUGGCAUUUGGCUAAAAUGUGAUGACUUCUGUAGGAGGGUGAGCUAAAUAAUUACCACCCAGUUAAUACAACAAUGAGGCCUUUGACCAAAAAAGAAGGUGCCAAUGUUUGAAGGUUUGCUAUUUGCUGGUGGCAGAGCGAGUCCAAGCCUUAAAUUCCUUGUGACUUCCCCCAUCUUUAACUUCCCCUGCACAGUCCCUUCAGGUAAAGCUUGGAUCGAAGUUCUUUCACUCUGAAAAGAAAAAAACUCAAAAAUUCAAGUAAUCUUGAGCUACAGAUGGUUCCAGUGCAAUAGUUCAGUACAAUCCUGCUGCCUGAGCACGGGCCCUGGGCUGUGUCUCAAUCAGCCUUCUAACUACUGCAUCCUUAAAGUAUGCACUGUCUACUAAACAUACCAAAAAAAUGCACUAAAUUGUUGGCCGUAAGUGCCGUAAGUGGUGGGCAGUAUGUGAAAAAUAUCCUCCAUACUUCACCUACUUAACAACUUAACAUCCAGGGCAGUCACGUUCUGAAUUCAUGUGUGUACUGAUGUAAGUAGGCAGUGUGUUUUGAGGACACAGUAGGUAGCAGACUGUCUCUGAAUCUUCACUCCUGCCAACAUCCUCACUCAACCCCUCUCCCUCCCUCCUGCACUAGGGACAGGUUUGUUGGUGAAAUCCAAGAACAGGUCCGUUUGAAUCACCAGGUAGAUAAAAAUGGCCAUGUCAAUUGCAGUAUGUUGCCUGUUGCCUGGAUUGUGUAAUUUCAUUGGUCGCAAAAGACCGGCAGUGCAUUGUCAGUUGUUUGAUUGGUCAGGCACAUGUCACUCAGCCCCUCUCCUCUAAAUGGACGCCAUUCAUUGGCAGCGCCUCUUAUUCCACUUUAAUUCCAGUCCCUCCUGUCAGUUGUGUUGUGUGUCUUAAAGCUCUAAAUUAUUUCUGUUGUGUUGAUUCAGAGGUUUGGUGGAAAUGAGGGGAAAUUUGAAAUGGACUCUGCUGUCAUUACUUAGUUUGAUUUAGUAAUGCUGAAAUGCAGUUGGUCUGAUUUUAUACAUACAGUCUGUAGUUUUUCUCAUUUCAUGGUUUGCCUAGCGAAGUUUACAGAUGAUUUCAUUAUUAUCCAUAAUUAUUAGUUCUGAUUUGAUGUUCUCUAUGCUAAAAGUCUAACAUUAACCACCUCAGCAUCGUCUGAGAAAUGUUUUUGGGUAGAACUGGACAGAGCAGUUGUAAUGAAGGAUGAAGUGAGCUGAAAUUAUAGGAAAAGGAUUAGUUUUUGUGUGUGUCUAAAAUAGACUAAUUAUGUUUACAUCAUUAGAUUCCAUGUACUUACAGUUGUAUGUCGCAGGUAGCUUUGGGGGCUCUGUAGCAUUAUGGGUGCAGACUCAUUACCCACCCUAUGACCAAUAGCGACAGCAGUCAACAGAUGCCCAAGAGUGUAUACUGAAGUAGCAAGAUGUUGCACACCACUGAGUCCCUGCAUUGUGGGAAAGGCUUGUGGUGAUGUCUGGAGUUUGUGAACAAGACCCUGACUCACCCAGCUUAGUUAUGGUUCUACUCAGUUCCGCUGUGUGUUUAGAAUCUUCCACAGCCAUUCGCAACACAAAUACAUUCCAAACUUGCCUGCUUAUGAAUAUUCAUAGAACUGUGGCUAUCGCCAGAACUGUGCAAUUUGUUGAGCAGGAACUCUUUGGCUGGGAAAGGAAGGAGUGUAGAGUGUGGUAUCUUGCCAGUGAAUAACUGUCUCUAUCAAUGAGGAAGAGGCAGCCCCUAGUCUCGGAAGCCCACUGUGAUCCCUACUAGGAAUCAUGGAGCUACUGAUCCUGACCAGGCGAAAGACACAAUGAGUUUAUCCAAAUAUACACACUAUAUCCACUACCCUCCUGCACAGAUACACACAUCCACACCUGCCCACUCACUCCCACACACCUACCCAGACCAGGCCAUCUUUGAAUUGAAGCUACUAGUUUUUGGUUCUCUGUUGGUCAGUGGAAUUAUGAAGUGGCAGAUCUAUACUGCACUGUGCAAUUUUAAUGUUUCCAGUGACUUUCAUGCUGUGAGACUGGAGUAGUUAUGCGUUUAUUUAAUAAGCAGAGCAAAGUUUUGGGAUUGUCCUUCUUCACUAACGCAUCUCCUUCCCCAGAUCACAUUUAUUUAUUUGAUUUGUUUUUAAAAAAAAUAUUUGUUUUUGUAUUUAAUUUUAGUAUCAUUUUAUUUGGCUCUUUUGAAGGAUAAUGCAGAAAACAUCAAGAACAGAAGUAUCUCUUUAAACUGUCGUAACUUAUUAUUCAGACUGACAAGUAGCUAGCUUGUGGUCAAUUAUUCCAACACUAGUAUGUGAACAGUACCUAAUGUCUUGUGCAAAAAAGAAAUAAAAAAAAAUGGAAAAAGAAAUAAAAAUGAAAUAAAAAGGCACAUGGCGAAAUGUGAAA